GGGAAUGGGUGGAGAUAUUGAUUCUGCUUCCUGCUUGCCUGGUGUGUUAUAGUGCGGUGAAUACCUGUUGUUCAGUGACAUUAAGGAUCAAAACCAGUUAUUGGAGCAUUGGUGCUAAUUCACGUGUGACCAACAAGAAGACGACUGAGAAGAACCAAACCUCAGAGAUCUACUGUACAUGCUGACUGGGGAGGAACAAAUGGAGUUUGAUGAAGUUGCAGUUUAUUUCUCGGAGGAGGAGUGGGGCUGUUUAGCUGAAGAACAAAAAGAGCUUUAUAAGGAUGUGAUGAUGGAGAAUUACCAGACCCUCAGCUCUCUAGGAUAUGUUCAUAUGAAACCUUUACUUGUUACAAAGAUUGAGCAUAGAGAGGAGCCGUAUGUGAGCAGUUUUCCAAUUACCAAAGGUGAACUCUCAAACUGCAGUAAUUCUAGUGCUGGUCAGACUUCAAAUGCUUCUUUCAGUCUUUUUAAAAAUCAAAGAAGCCACAUGGGAAAUGUAUGUUCUGACUGUGAGAAAUGUUUUACUUGGAAAACAAAUCUUGUUGAUCAUCAAAAAAUGCAUACAGGAGAGAAAGCAUUUUCAUGUUCUGAAUGUGGGAAGUUUUUUACUUGGACAUCAUCUCUUAUUAAGCAUCACAAAAUUGACGCAGGAGAAAAAGAAUUUCCAUGUUCUGACUGUGGGAAAUGUUUUGAUCGGGAAAAAAGUCUUAUUGAUCAUCAGAAAAUUCACACAGGAGAAAAAGCAUUUUCAUGUUCUGAAUGUGGGAAAUGUUUUACUCAGAAAUCACAUCUUAUUAGGCAUCAUCAAAUUCACACAGUUGAAAAAGCAUUUUCAUGUUCUGAAUGUGGGAAAUGUUUUACUUGGAAAUCAAAUCUCGUUGAUCAUCAAAAAAUACAUACAGGAGAGAAAGCAUUUUCAUGUUCUGAAUGUGGGAAGUGUUUUACUCAGAAAUCAGCUCUUAUUAAGCAUCACAGAAUUCACACAGGAGAAAAAGCAUUUUCAUGUUCUGAGUGUGGGAAAUGGUUUAUGCAGAAAUCUGAUCUUAUUCGGCAUCACAUGAUUCACACAGGAGAAUUUCUUUUUUCAUGUUCUGACUGUGGGAAAUGUUUUAAUCGGAAAUCAAAUCUUAUCGAUCAUCAAAAAAUUCAUACAGGAGAGAAAGCAUUUUCAUGUUCUGAAUGUGGCAAAUGGUUUACUCUGAAAUCAUCUCUUAUUAAGCAUCACAAAGUUCACACAGGAGACAUUUUUUUUCCAUGUUCUGACUGUGGGAAAUGUUUUACUGAGAAAUCAAAUCUUAUUAAGCAUCAAAAAAUUCACACAGGAGAAAAAGAAUUUCCAUGUUCUGACUGUGGAAAAUGUUUUACUCAGAAAUCAAAUCUUAGUAAGCAUCAAAAAAUUCACACAGGAGAAAAAGAAUUUACAUGUUCUGACUGUGGAAAAUGUUUUACUCAGAAAUCAAAUCUUAUUAGGCAUCAUCAAAUUCACACAGUUGAAAAAGCAUUUUCAUGUUCUGAAUGUGGGAAAUGUUUUACUUGGAAAUCAAAUCUCAUUGAUCAUCAAAAAAUACAUACAGGAGAGAAAGCAUUUUCAUGUUCUGAAUGUGGGAAGUGUUUUACUCAGAAAUCAGCUCUUAUUAAGCAUCACAGAAUUCACACAGGAGAAAAAGCAUUUUCAUGUUCUGAGUGUGGGAAAUGGUUUAUGCAGAAAUCUGAUCUUAUUCGGCAUCACAUGAUUCACACAGGAGAAUUUCUUUUUUCAUGUUCUGACUGUGGGAAAUGUUUUAAUCGGAAAUCAAAUCUUAUCGAUCAUCAAAAAAUUCAUACAGGAGAGAAAGCAUUUUCAUGUUCUGAAUGUGGCAAAUGGUUUACUCUGAAAUCAUCUCUUAUUAAGCAUCACAAAGUUCACACAGGAGACAUUUUUUUUCCAUGUUCUGACUGUGGGAAAUGUUUUACUGAGAAAUCAAAUCUUAUUAAGCAUCAAAGAAUUCACACCGGAGAAAAAGAAUUUCCAUGUUCUGACUGUGGGAAAUGUUUUACUCAGAAAUCAAAUCUUAUUAAGCAUCAAAAAAUUCACACAGGAGAAAAAGAAUUUCCAUGUUCUGACUGUGGGAAAUGUUUUACUCAAAAAUCAAAUCUUAUUAGGCAUCAUAAAAUUCACACAGGAGAUAAAGAGGCCGAUUUAUGAAGCAGUGGAUGCUGCUUCCGACCCACUCCUCUUCAGUUCCGCCUUAAGCAGAAGUUAAGAAGCAGCGGUCAUAAGACCGCUGCUCCUUAACUCGUCCGCCACCUCUGAAUUGGCGGACAGCAAUCAGCCCAAUCAAAUACGAUCAGGCUGAUUGACACCCCCUUCUAGCGGACGUUUGGCCGCGAAUCUGCAGGGGGCGAGAUUGCAUCAGCAUUUCAAAAGAACUGCUGGUGCAAUACACUGUCGGCAUUUAUCGAUGUCCGUCCGCACAAUAAUAAAUUGACCCCAAAGCGUUUUCAUGUUUUGAGUGUGGGAAAUGUUUUACAAAUCUUAUUGUUCAUCAAAAAAAUCAUACAGGAGAGAAAGCAUUUUCAUGCUCUGAAUGUGGGAUACGUUAUACUCAGAGAUCAUCUCUUAUUACACAUCAAAAAAUUCACACUGAAAAAAAAGCAUUUUCAUAUUCUGUGUGUGGGAAAUGUUUUCAUCAGAAAUCAACUCUUAUUACGCAUCACAAAAUUCACACAGGAGAAAAAGCAUUUUAAUUUUCUGAGUGUGGGUAAUGUUUUACUGGGAAAUCAGAUCUUAUCACAAAAUUCAUACAGGAGAGAUAACAUUUUAAUGUUUUGUCUGUGGGAAAGGUUUUAGUCGGAAAAUGGAUCUUAUUAAGCAUCAGAAAAUUCAUACAUGAAAGAAAGCAUUUUCAUGUUUUCACUGUGGAAAAUGUUUUAUUCAGAAAACACAUCUUAUUAGACAUCAAAAAAUAUAUAUUAAAGGAAAUCAGAGCUUAACUUCUUAAGUGCAGAGACACAAAGUCAUCAUUCGUACAAUGUAUAAAAUACUGUUGAUGAUUCUGGUCCUCUGGUGUACAAGCUCUUGAUGCUGUUUAAAGAUCCUUCUUCAUCUCAAGUGGUUAUGAGGUGGUCCUGAGUGUUUUUCAUCCCAAGGGGUAUCUGGAGUCCCUAUAUAGGUUUGAAUAGUCAAGUGAUCUGGCACAAAUUAAAUGUGAAUUUAUUUUAGUUUCAUGUGCAGAUCAAAGAAGUAGAAAUAUACCCAAAGGCUCUUAUUUAUAUGUUAAUAAAUCCUUCUUUGAAAUGUA